AUGGAUGCUAGAUCCCACAAUUUGGGUUUUGCUGCUAACCCGGAAUCUAAUGCAUUCAAAAAUUCAAGCAAUUCCAUCCAAAAUGGAGGAUCAGGAGCUGGAGGUGUUUGUUAUGCUGAUAGAACCUUACGACUUGAUUCGCCUGCCUUUCCACUCCCUUUGACAUCUGCUCCUAAGGGAGUCAAACGGAAAUGUAUCAGUGGAUCUGUGGACCAGGAAAUCGGAUCUUCAUUAUGUCUCCUCCUGGGCCAUUCUGCCAGUUCUUCCGACAGUAAAGGCAGCACAGUGACUGCAUGCACCUCAUUAUCUUCAGCUAAAGAAACUGAAGGAGAGUCCACAAUGGAUGUAGAACUGGAUUUCACUCUCCAUCUUGGCCGUGAGAAGUCACAAAGCCCAAAACUGUCAGCCGGCCCCUCUCUGAAAUCGCUUGAUGAAUGCCCUAAGGUUGAUUUGGAGCUCAGCCUUUCCAGUGGGCCUGCUGAAUCUGAUAUCACAAAUAUUCAUCAAAGUUCCACUGCAUCAAAAAAUAUCCUCAAGAUUCCAAUUAGCGAUGGAGCUUUAAACAUACAUAAAGGAUCAACAGUAAGUCCAUUUUGUCCAUUGCAGACUACACUGGACAUGGAAACGGGCUACUUUCUCACCAAGGCUCUAGGCCAAACUAAGCCAGCCACAAUCUUAAAAGAUAUCUCCUCAAGUGUCAUAACAACGCCAAAAAGCACAGUCACCUGUACUUCCGGGGCAACACAGCAACAACUGCAGCAUCGUAUUACUAGUAGUAGUAGUACUAAACAGUCUUUAUAUCGUUCAACAGACCCAUCAGCUCUUGUCUUCACCUUGUACAUCUAUUUGUAUCCUAUUAAAGACUUACCUGGAGGCAAAUCAAUUAAGUCCCAUGCAUAA